GUCAUUAGCCAUAGGGAAGAAGCAACGGUGAAACAAGCAAAGGAGACUUGUGUUGUUUUAGCAAAACUACACACUAUAAAUAAAGCAGCGAGCCAAUGAUACCUCUUCUCCUAUUCUAGUUGUUCAGUUUUCACUCUUCACUUGUAAACACCAACCAAAGAACUGAUUCACUGAUUAAUGGAUUCGAUAAACUCGUUCAAAGGGUAUGGCAAAGUGGACGAGGCAGAGCAGCAAGCCUUCCAGAAGAAGACUCGCAAGCGCCUCAUCAUACUCAUAGUCUCCUCCAUAGUCCUCAUCGCCGUCAUCAUCGCCGCCGUCUUAGGCACCGUCCUACACAGCCGCCGUUCUUCCUCUGGCCCCUCAACGGAGCUAUCCCCGGUGUCCUCUCUGAGAGCCGUGUGCGAAGUCACCCAGUACCCAGAGUCGUGCAUGUCGAGCAUCUCCUCCCUCCCAGACUACUCCAACACCACCGACCCACACCUCCUCUUCAGCCUCUCUCUCCGCGUAGCCAUUAACGAGCUCUCCAACCUCUCCCAUUAUCCUUUCAAGCUCCGCUCCUCCAUCAAGGAACCCCGUCUCCAGAAAGCCAUUGAUGUCUGUGCUACGGUCCUCGCCGACGCUGUCGCCAAUUUCAACGACUCCGUCUCCACCCUCGACGCCGCCGGCAAGCUACCAUCUACCACCAAGAUCAGUGACAUUAAGACCUGGGUGAGCGCCGCCAUCACCAACCAAGAUACCUGCUUGGACGCCCUCGAGGAGGUUAAUAACUCCACCGCCGCCAACGCCGCCCUCGAGGACAUGAAAACCACCAUGAAGAACUCCACGGAGUUCUCGAGCAACAGCCUGGCCAUCGUGACGAGGAUCCUGGGGCUGCUCUCCCAAUUCAACAGCCCGAUGAACAGGCGGCGGCUUCUGGGGUUCCCGGAGUGGGUGGGGGCGGCGGAGAGGAGGCUGCUGCUGGAUAAUGGGAACACCGCGACGGGAACGACGACGCCGGAUGCGGUGGUGGCGAGCGAUGGGAGUGCGCAGUACAAGACGAUAAAGGAGGCGGUGCUUGCGGUGAAGAAGAAGAGCGAGAAGAGAUUCGUGAUAUAUGUGAAGGCAGGGACUUAUGUUGAGAACAUUGAUUUGGAUAAGGACACUUGGAAUGUGAUGAUCUACGGUGAUGGAAGUGACAAGACCAUCAUCUCCGGCAGCCGCAACUUCAUCGACGGCACUCCCACUUUUGAGACUGCCACUUUCGCUGUGAAGGGAAAGGGUUUCAUUGCGAAGGACAUACGGUUCAAGAACACAGCAGGCGCAGACAAGCAUCAGGCGGUGGCACUGCGAUCAGGGGCGGACCAAUCAGUGUUCUACAGGUGCUCCUUCGAGGGUUUCCAGGACACACUCUACGCCCAUUCCAACAGGCAGUUCUACCGCGACUGCGACAUCACCGGCACCAUCGACUUCAUCUUUGGCAACGCCGCAGUGGUCUUCCAGAACUGCAAGAUCAUGCCACGUCAGCCUCUCCCCAACCAGUUCAACACCAUAACCGCUCAGGGAAAGAAAGACCCCAACCAGAACACCGGCAUCGUCAUCCAGAAAUGCUCCUUCUCUGCCUUCGCCAAUGAUCUUCAGGCCCCUACCUACCUUGGCCGCCCUUGGAAGGAUUUUUCCACCACCGUCAUCAUGCAGUCCGACAUCGCCUCCUUCUUGAAGCCCGUGGGCUGGAUAAGCUGGGUUGCCAAUGUCGAUCCACCAAAAACUAUAUUUUACGGUGAGUACCGCAACACUGGGCCUGGAUCCGAUGUCUCGCAACGGGUUAAGUGGGCUGGCUAUAACCCCUCUCUAACUGAAACUGAUGCUGCCAAGUUCACAGUGCAGUCCUUUAUUCAGGGCCCGGAUUGGUUGCCAAAUUCUGCUGUAAACUUUGACUCCACUCUCUGAAUUCCACAUUAAAGUAAAGUCCUCUCAAAUUUCAAUCUUUGUUGUAACUAGUAUUAUUUUGGCUUAGGUUAUUAAUGUAUGUAUUACAGUAGUAGUAAUUUAUUACGCACAAUAGGGUAAAGGUUAUUGUUGGCUUACUGUAAUUUUUGGAGUCCUUUUGAGUGAAAGUGCGAAAUUCCUUUUUA